AGUUGAGCUGUUUUGGGGUGAGGCGGUGCGUUCUGGGGUGCACAACUUUCUGCGUGUUUGCGCAGUUUCGCUGCGCUCCAGCCAGUCUGGAUAAACCGACAGGCGCGGCUGAGACGGCUCGGUGCUGCGCAGCGCAGCGUUCAAAUCUGCGAUAACAGCGGAGCAGGCCGCUGCACGACACAGUUCUCACACCGCCACCGUCUCAUGUGUGGUUUACUCGUUGAUGCGGGGAGAAAGUUGUGGACAUGUUUUCCUGAAGUGCACGGUUUUGCGGAUUCGCCGUGCACCAUCGUAUCUACGGCGUCAACGAGCCUGCCCGGACUUUGGAUUAUGUUUUCGUGGGUUUGUCAGAUCGCCUGUUCGCCAUAUUGCGCGCUGUGAAACUCGAGGGAAAGUUGUCAAGAGUUAUGACAUUUGCUGCGCACAAUCCCUUCAUGGAGCUGCAUGCAGUCGACUUUGAUCGAAACCAAAGUGACUCCAUGGAGCUGGCCAUGGAGAGCUCCGUGCACCAUUGAUCAGGGUCCGGCACCGUAAAGAGGAUGAGAAGAAUGGACGGCAGAGCUCAGAUUUGAUUCUGGAAGGAGGGUUGCAUGCUUCCCACCCUGCACUUUCCUUUGGGAUUUAUAUUUCCUCCCAAAUACCUCUGUAUACACAAUUAAACAAAGAAUUCCUCAGCCACAGGCAGUGAAAGCACACUACAGAGGCAAUAACUGAGUGGCUCGCACGCUCAGAGAUCAAGGUUGAGAGCUCUGACUCCAUUUUUGUACCUUAUAAUAUUACUAUGAGUCUCCCUCCUCAAGUUAAUACUGACAAGAGCGGCAAGCAUCGGGCUGCAGCCAUGAAAGAGCCUGUGCAGCAUUCAGGGGAGGUGUAUUAUGGCAUGGGACCUCCGGCUUUAGAGUCAAGCCACAGUGACUCAGCUAGCAGCUCUGGUGUUUACAACCCCGAGAAAGGGCCCCAAAGUCUACCGCACUAUCAACAGGCUGCUCCAGUAAAGUGGAUGCACCAGGACUCCAUACAGGUCCCCGCCUGGUCUCAGGAAGCUCCUGUGCCAGCCUGGGGGCAGAACUUUGGCCCCUAUAUGAGUGGAGUGAAUGUCAGGGGUCAGAUGGCGUUCCACAAGGGAGUUCACGAGGGUGUAGCUAUGCCGAUGGCGGGAGAGAAUCAGCUGCCUGGUCCCGGCGAGGCUUAUAGAGAUGCCACCCAGGCUCAAGCUCAGGGGAGGGGGCUCGAGUGGGAGCAGCACGCUGCGGCUGCGAUGCACCAGGCUCAGCUGCAGGCCUACCAGCACGCCCACAAAGGUGUGGAGCUCCAAGGUCAGCACCAUGUGCCUUCUCACACUUUGCAGGGGUCCAUGCUGCAACCCUUCCAGACAACAUUUAGGCCCAGCAAGCAACAGUUCUCAACCGGUUAUUACUCUGUUUUUCCAGGCAACAAGGGAGUGCCGAGCCUGGCGUACGGCGAGCAGCCCAAAACUCAACAACAGCUGCUCCACCAGAUGCAGCAGCAACAAAUGCAUCACCAUCACCAGCAGCAGCAACAGCAACAGCAGCUGCAUCAGCAGCAUCACCUUCAGUUGCAGCAGCAGCAGCACUUGCAGCAACAGCAGCAACAAAUCCAACAGCAUCAGAUGCAGCAGCAGCAACUGCAGCAGAUGCAGCACCAGUAUCACCAGCAUCACCAGCGACAGCUACAGGAGCGGCAGCAGCACAUGCAGCAAAUGCAACAGCAGCAGCAGCAGCAGCAGCAGCAGUUGCAGCAACAAAAUGUGCCACAGCAAGAAACAGCACAGCUGCAGGUGCAGCCAAAACCGCAACAAACACAAAACUUUGUGACUUAUCAGCCUCCUGAGUCUUGUCCGUCUGAUGCCGCGCUUAAAAAGGAGGAGGUCCAGUCAGUGGAGCCGCAGCAGGAACCAGAUUCUCAUGCCCACGAUGCAUCACCCAUAUCCGCUCCAUGCUCUGAAAAGGCCGCCACAAAUGCUGCACAGCCAGCUGCACCUCGGCGCUCGCGUCGCCUUUCCAGAGACGGACAAUCCCCACUGGGUCCCCCCUCGACAAACAUCUGGUCUCAAGCCUCCAAAGAGCCUCCUAUGUCCCAGAAUGGGUUAGCAGGCGUACAGGCUGUGAGAGGAGGGGAAAGCCAGGUGACAACAGGAGGGGUCAUCCAGAUCACCAGUAGGAGAAGGAGGGCGUCUAAGGAGAUCAACUUGGAGACUCUGGCCCAGAAGGCGUCAGAAAUGGAGCCUGCUAAAAUGGAAGACGGUCCUCCGGGCAGGCAGGCCACCAUGGUGCCCCUGGUGAUCCCCGUGUCUGUUCCAGUGCACAGGACUCCGACAGAUCCUCAGGGUGGCUGGGCUCAGGGACGACUCGGCCCGGGUGAGCGACCCGCGGGACAGCCCGACCGCAAACCUUCGGUCAUCGUGGCUCGUCGGCGAUCACUCAGAAACUCCAUUACUGAGAGUUUUGGCCAGGACGGGGAGAACGAUCCGGGGCUGGACGAGGACGGAAAAUCCAAACUUAAGCGCAGACCUCGCCCGGAGCCUCUCAUCAUCCCUCCACACAAACCAUCCACCUUCAUCCCUCCAUCCCUCUACUCCACCAUCACUUCCUACCAGAGCAACCUGCGCUCUCCAGUGCGCCUGCCGGACAACCCCCUCACCCUGCCCCCGUACACCCCUCCGCCCAUCCUGUCUCCCGUGCGCGAGGGCACCGGACUCUACUUCUCCACCUUCCUGACCAACAUCGCAAGCAACCAGAUCCUGCCGCCGCCGCCGCCUGCUACGCCCAAAUCUGCGACACGCAGCCUGUUGCGCUCCACGAGUUCUGAAAUCACACCUCCCGUUCUGCCCUUGAUCGCUGAUGCCACACCUGUCAGCCUUGAACCACGUAUCAACAUCGGGCAGAAGUACCAGGCAGACGUUCCCGAGUUGCAAGAUCAGCUCUCCUCCCAGUUUGACCAGCACAAGGCCGACUUGGUUUGGCUCCCUCUGGACGACUCCUGCCUCAAACUCAGCGAUCAAGAGAGGAUGGAGGAUUUGAUGAACAUGGCUUGUUCCAGUGUGCUCAGGGGCGGAGGAACCAACCAGGAGCUGGUUUUACACUGUUUACAUGAAUGUGGAGGUGAUUUCCUUGUGCUGCUGGGGCGCUUGAUGCUUCAGGACCCAGUUUUCCCCAAAGGCCAUCACCUGGCGGGUUAUCACUACUCAGGCUCUGACUGCUGGACCGCAGAAGAGAAGCGCUACUUCAAUAAGGGGAUCUCUGCCUACAGGAAGGACUUCUUUAUGGUGCAGAAACUGGUGCAGACCAAGACUGUGGCUCAGUGUGUGGAGUUUUACUACACAUACAAGAAGCAGGUGAAGAUCGGUCGCAACGGGAUUUUAACCUUUGGCCCUCCGGAUUCACCAGUGGAGAAGCACACAGAGGCCGUGGUGGAUGUUAAGAGUUCACAGCAGUCAAAAUUGACGGAUGGCGACGAGAAGAGGGACGUUUCUUACGACCAGUUCCAUGAGAGCAGCCAGCAGGCGAGGGUUGCUCGGUCACUACAGGCUCACGACUAUGCAGGAACGAUGGUGAUGAUCAAAGAGCCGGACGCUGUGAACAAGGAGGCUCACCAGCCGGCAGCAGCUCACAGACCUCGGGCUGAGCCCGCAGUGAAGAAGAGCAAAGCGCCAGUGAAGCCCCCGCAGGAUCCUGAUGCAGUAUUUCCGUGCAAGAAAUGUGGCAGGGUGUUUUAUAAAGUGAAGAGUCGAAGUGCUCACAUGAAAAGUCAUGCGGAGCAGGAGAAGAAGGCUGCAGCGCUGCGUCAGAAAGAGGAGGAGGAGCAGGCAGCAGCUGAAGCUCGAGCCAGGAAGGUGGCGGCGGCGGCGGCGGCUGCAGCUCAUCAGGGAGGAAAUGGGAACGGAGUGAUGGCGCAGGCGGAGGUCAGCGGCCAGGAAGACUCAUCUGAGGCCGAGGAUGACGACGACGAAGACUGGCAUUGAGAGGAGGAGAGAAAUCAAUGACGAGGAUUGAUGGGUAGACAGGGGGUCAGAUCAGAGAGCGAGGGCUGAAAAAAGAUGUACUGCCUCACGCAGAGCAGAAUGAGGUCUUCCCGUUAACCUUCACACUCCUUCGCAGGCUGACUGCGUGCGAGCGCUCUGCAGCAGCCAGGCCGUCACACUCCAGUUUCACACAUUUGUAUCUUUUAAAUAUUCAGAGGAAGUUUAUUUUUUGUAAAUGCACUUAUACUGUACGCUUCUGCUUUUUGCCAAUAUUGCCUUUUUAUAUCCUUUAUUUAAUUGAAUAUAUGUCAAAAUAUUACACAUUUUCAUUGCGUGGACUUACGGUGAUAUGAUAUUUCAUAAGAUAAUCAGGAUGCCUGUUUAGCAAUACGACAUCGAGAUCAAAGAUCAGAACAAUCUUUUCACUUAUAGCUGCAGCCCUUUUAAAUAAUUAUAGUGUAAGAGCCCGUAUUUAAAGUCUUUCUCUUAGGAAAAUAUUAUGCUGAAUUUUGCAGAUUUCCAUCAGACUUUUAGGUUGGUUACACUUAUUUUUUACAACUAAGGGACCUUGAAAUGAAUAUGUACAAAAAAAGUAUAUAUGAGAUUGCCAUAUAUUUAUGAUACUGCAUUUUGCAUUGAUUUUGGUAAUAUAAAAACUAAUCACGUCAGCUGCAAUAUGACUUGUGAAUUGAAAAGUUUAUUAAAAAUCUCUACUGUU